UUGUAUAUAUAUGUGUGUGUAUAUAUAGAUGUAUAUAUAUGUUAUAAAUAAUAAUAAGAAAAAGAAUAGUGAAACAAUUAGUGAUGUUUAUCCAAUGUUCUGGUGCGUUCAUGUGCAUGGGGUAUCUGUAGAAACGCCAGAAACGACUGAAGCGAGUCACCACACUGCAAACCCAAUGCGUUUCACUACAUACGGGACCGAUCAAAUCUCGACUGAGGAGGAAAACAAACUUAUUUACCUCGGAGGAUGCAUUAUCUGUGCACCUGAAGGAAAUAGCGGAAGGCAUCGAUCGGAAAGUUUUCGAGGGCCAAGAUCUAACCUUCCCCAGCAUCGGUCCAACGGAAUUCGCUGCAUUCCGAGUGGUUUUUAAAGUUUGUUAGCUGUGUCAAAUGUCACCUAUAACUGUGUUGACAGUUAUGUCACUUAGCCAUUAGCUUAUUCUGAUUGUUAACGAAAAUGUGACCGUCUAACCAUCAAAAAAAAAUAAAUAUUAAUACAUUCAUUGAGAAGAGCAAGCAAAGCCUCAACACUAAGCCCCCCACCCCGCCCUAGCAAGAGCAGAACACAGCCACCGCAACACUGACCAUCGCAGAAUGCUGAGCAGACCACUACAACAGAGACCCCCCAAAUUAAUCAUCACUAAACAACUGUGAAUGUGCUCAAUUUAAACACAAAACAGUGAUCUAGUGUAAUGCUACAGCUAUAAUCAUUAUAGUAUUCUGUGAUAGUUAUUGGUGAGCCGAUGCUUCUGUUAUAUUUGCAGCACCGAUGCUCUGCAACAAGUCUCAGGCUUCUGCUCCUAUAUAGCAGACGUUUGAAUAUACUUUUUUCAUUGAUUAUCACUACGUCAUGGUAUUUGGGUGAUCGACUUUAACAUUUGUGGAGAUGGAUCGGGACGUUCCCAGUGUACCCAUCACCACACUGGCUGGGGUAGCAAGUCUCACAGACUUGUUACCUGAAAUGCCAUUGCCAACACCAUUACCGCAAACUCUGAGCAACAAAUCAUUGUUGUUUCACCCAAGAGUUGCUGAGGAGGCUCAAAAUUUGCUUAGAGCCAGAGAUGAUACACUUGUUCCACAGCUAGUACACUCACUGAGCCAAACUUCUGCCGAUCAUAUUGAUGUUAAGGACAAUUUCAUUUGCACAGAGACGUCUGUUGUUCAGCAGAAGGAUAUACCAGAGUUAUUGCAAGCAAUGAUUGCAAAAAACCCAAAUGUUUUCAGAGGGAAUAUGGAGCUAAAUAACAUACCAGCUAUAGAAAAGGAAGUUGAGCCUCCUCUGCCUGUGCUGGAGUUGAAGACACCCAAAAAGCAUGUGGAUACUAAUGAAGUUAAACUGAAUUGCACACCAAUACUGGACGUUGUGCCGCCUCCACUAGAAAAUUUAUUUAAAGAUGACAUUUUCAACGAGCGGAUUAAUAGCGACAACACAACAAACAAAAUCGACAACAUCAACGAUAACGCACUAAACGCUGAUGGAAUCCCAAAUGAACUGCAACCUAUUGUUUCUUGUAAUGAUAAUGAGAUGGAAGCUAUUGAAACAACAGAAUCUAAUGCAGAACUCGAUUUCAAAAAACAGCACUUCAAUUCCGUUAAAGUUUUAGAAGAACUGCUGUCAGUGGAGGACGUGGUGGCAGCUGUUAAGGUUAAGCAGGAUCAUGUAAAACAUCAACAACUUCGGUGUGAACAAGACCAACUGCCCCAGCAAUUAAAACAGCAACAGGUGGUCCAAGAGGAGGACGGUAUGGAUAAAUCAAUACAUGUAUUGCAGCCAAUCGUGAGACUGCAGCGAAUAUCAAGCGAGGACCAAAUCCUGAUACAGAAGAGCGUGUCUAGCUUCAUAGAAAAUAAGCCGAAAUUGGCGAAGGAACUUGGGAUAGUAAAUAAUUCGACGAAGGAUGCUCGUGUAUCUAGAAGUUACAAGGAGCAAUCAAACUCAGAUGAAGAAGAAGAGGAGGACUUCACUAAGAAGAAGCGAAAAAACAAAAAGAAUUAUAUUGCUGAUGAGGAGGAUGAUUACGUGCCAGAUACAUUUUCUGCUCUAGUUGGAAAAAAGCGAAGGCACGAUGUGGAGAAGAUAGACACGCCCGUUAUAAAACCAAAACUUCGGAAGGUUGAGAAGAAGUUUGGACCAGUUAUGCAAAAGUUAUCUAUAGAAGAGCUGAUGGAAACCAACACGUACGGCAGAUUCAAUAAGAAUGUGGAGCAUGUUCUCAAAUUUUACAGUGAAAUCGAUGUAUCAGAAAUCGGGGAGGACGGGCUUGUGCCGGACGAACAUCUGCUGAAUAGGCAUGUUGUGCAGGAGCUUUGCACAGAAGCUGCGAAACUGAAGAUAUCUUCUGCCAUGGAAAUGAUACCGUCGGACAAGCUGGUGAAACUACUUAACGCCUUGGAAAUCACAAUCCGGGGAGCGGACCGUGUGACACCGAUUACGGACGAGGAUAAUGAGAGUAUGCGACAAAUCUGGAUCGAAACAGCAAUGGAGCGAGUGAUGGGCGCCGCCGACGCCUCAUUAACUUGUAUGCAUAUCUUGACAUCACGCAAUAUGCCUAAAAGGGUUUAUAUUGAGGAUGUUAUAGAUAGAAUUGUUUUGUAUAUUAAAUACCAAAUGUAUAAUACCAUAUUUCCAUCUUACGACGUUACUUACCGACUAGAUAAUAAGAAGAAAGAUGGGAGACGAAAGAAGUCCGCGCAUGUAUUGGAGAAGAGCAUUCAAACACUGUAUAAUAAGAUUUCCGAGCUGGUUACGUUACUUUCGGAUCUGUUGGACAUCCAGAUCUUAACGGAUACAUCGGUGUUGCAUGCGUCUUCAAUGGGCGUCUCACCUUUCUUCACGGAAAAUGUCAGCGAACUGCAGCUUUCAUGCCUAAAACUAGUUACAACGAUUUUCACCAAAUACGAGAAGCAUCGAAGAUUACUCCUAGACGAUAUCCUGGCAUCUAUUGCACGUCUUCCAAGUACAAAACGCAGCCUAAGAUCGUAUAAACUUAAUAGUGAUGAAAACAUACAAAUGCUAACGGCUUUAGUUCUGCAACUGAUUCAGUGCGUCGUCGUCUUACCGGAAAAUCUGUGCUCCUCAAAAAAAGAAAGGGAUAAAGAUCGAGAUAAAGACCCAAACGCGGACAAUUUAAAAAACGUGGAUAAGGAUGUUUUGAUUUGCAAUAAAAGCAGAGAGGCACUGUCCACGGCAGCAACAUUCCUGUCUGCGUUUUUAAACAAAGUCGGAAACAAAACUGAGGAGAUUGAUUACAGGCCUCUCUUUGAAAACUUCGUUCAGGAUUUACUGGCUACCGUUAAUAAACCAGAAUGGCCUGCCACCGAGUUAGUGUUGGACUUGUUGGGGAAACUCUUGGUAUCGAAUUUUUCCAACAAAGGCACAGACAUGUCCUUGCGUGUAGCUAGUUUAGAUUAUUUGGGAGUUGUUGCCGCCAGACUUAGGAGGGACAGUGUAUUCUCCAGGUGCAAGCUGAACACCAUCGAUCAAAUGAUAAAAGAAAUUAAGUCAGAAGAGAUGAAAGAAAACGACGAGGAGAUCAAUAAACAAAAAUUGGAGGUGAAGAACGACGAGGAGAGGAUACAGUUUCUGCAGAGGGUUUUGCUAGAUUUUUUGGCUGUCAAUGCUCAAAACGACGAGGCCUACCGAUUCGCCAGACAUUUUUAUAUAGUCCAAUGGUACAAAGAAUGUAACACUGAGAAGUCUUCAAUUUCCAACAAUGAAAAAGAUGGCAAGCACAACUCCAAGGAUAACCACAGAAAUAGAAAAAGUAAUGAACGUCGAAUAUCCCAAAGGGCAGCGAGACUUAACAAUCACCUUUCAGGUAUUAAUGAUGAUUCUGACUCUGAGAGCGAUGAAGCAAUAGAAAAUCACAAGGGAGAAGAUCAGCAGAAUUCUGAGAAGAUUAAGGAUUUGGAUGAGAGGAAGAAGUUCUUAAUAUCUAAAAUACGUCCAUUUAAAGAAACCGUCAGUGCCGGCAAUAUGGUCAAAGUUUUUGAGACUUAUAUCGAUUACAACAGUGCGGAAUUAAUAGCACAAUACUUGGCUUCCAAACGUCAUUUUUCUCAAUGCUUUGACCGAUACUUAAAAGCGAUUCUGAUCGUGUUAAAAGAAUCUUCAAUUGCUAUCCGUACAAAAGCAAUGAAAUGUCUAACUAUGAUUGUGGAAGCUGAUCCUUCGGUGCUCGGUAGGCACGACAUGCAAAUGGGCGUGAACUUAUCGUUUUUGGAUCACUCCACAUCCGUGAGGGAGGCGGCUGUGGACCUGGUUGGAAAGUUUGUGUUGAACCGGCCUGAACUGAUUAAUAAGUAUUACGAGAUGUUGUCAGCUAGGAUACUGGAUACCGGUGUAAGUGUGAGGAAGCGAGUCAUAAAAAUUCUAAAGGAUAUUUGCAUCGAGUGUCCUGAAUUUCCGAAAAUACCAGAGAUAUGUGUGAAAAUGAUACGGAGGGUCAAUGACGAAGAAGGUAUUCGGAAACUCGUUAUGGAAGUCUUCCAAAACAUGUGGUUCACGCCGUCCCCAAAAGACACCGGUCUUCUGCGAAAAGUGAUGAAUAUCACCGAUGUAGUUGCUUCUUGCAAGGACAUCGGGUUUGAGUGGUUCGAACAGCUGCUGCUCAGUUUGUUCAAGCCGAAAGAGGAUAAAGAGGAUUCUACUAAAAUCAAUACGGAACCGCCAAAGGCUUUGCUUCUGGCAUGUCGACAGAUAGUGGACUGUUUGAUUGAAAACGUCCUGAAAUUCGAGGAAACUAGCGACAAUGGCGGAACAUCAGAUAGAUUGAUCGCAUGUUUAACUACAUUAUUUUUAUUUGCUAAGAUUCGUCCGCAACUGCUUGUAGAACAUGCAAUAACUCUGCAGCCGUACCUUAGUUUGAAGUGCGAGACGAGUGCGGAUUCGUUGAUAAUAAUGCGGGUAUCCAAAAUGCUGGAACUGGUCGUGCCGUUAAUGGAGCAUCCUAGCGAUUCGUUUCUGGCCCAAUUGGAGGAAGAUAAUAUGAAAUUAAUUCUAAAGCACGACAGACACAUAGUCGCGAGUUGCAUUUCAUGUUUAGGUUCGAUCAUUAACCGAGUCACUAGGAAUUUCAAACUAAUUCGUGAUUGCUUUACCAGAUACUACUCGUAUCUGGAGAGAUUCCAAAAUUGGUUACAAAAUUCUGAGGAGCAUCAGCUCUCCCUGAGAGAAGUUAAAUGCCGACAAUAUUUCCGACGGUCUCUGUUCAUCGUUGGUCUUAUAUUGAGGUACUUUGAUUUUAAAAAUGUUGAAGUCACGGGAGAGAAGUUACUCGAUAUUAAAGAUAAAAUAUACAGUAUGUUUAUUUAUUUUUUACAACAAGACGACGAUGAUAUUCAAGGCAAUACCCUGAAGGCAAUGGGAUCCAUAUGCAUCAGGCACUACGAGUUUAUGCUUGAGGACGAGCUUAAGUGCUUCUAUCAUCGGAUGCUUACUUCGGACGAAGUUCCAUUAAAAAUGAAAAGUGAGGUUCUAUAUAAUAUUGAAAGCUACCUGACCGAGGAGGAAAGUCGCAUGAUCCAACAAGAUUUAGAGUGGUCCAAAAGAUCUAAAGAAGAAAAUCUCAAAGAAAUGGGUGACGUUUCAUCCGGUAUGGCUAGUACAAUCAUUCAGUUGUAUCUGAAGGAAAUAUUACAAUCGUAUUUGCAUCCAGAUGUGCAAGUCAGAUCACCGGCCUUAAAAGUGAUUCAAUUGGUGCUGCAACAAGGAUUGGUUCAUCCUGUUCAAAUUGUUCCUUAUUUAAUAUGCAUGAGUACGGAUCAAGAGGUUUUCAUUUCGCAUACAGCUGACAAACAGUUGCAGGAGAUCGAAAAGAAAUAUCCAGGCUUUAUUCAUGCAAAAUCAUCUUUAGGUAUAAGUCUGUCGUAUAAAUUGCAAAGAAUAUUGCAAGAAGUUUCAAUUGUUAGGGGGUUUAAAAUUAAGGAGCAGGGAGAGUACCCAAGUGCAUUAAAUGGAUAUCUGUAUUCUCUACUUAGGAGUUCUAGACAACAGAGACGUGCCUUAGUUUUAAAUAUAUUAAAGCAAUUUGAUGAUCAAGCUCGAGCAAGUUUAUCGUAUAUGUUGUACCUGGCUGACAAUUUAGCAUAUUUUCCAUACCAAGUACAAGAUGAACCAUUAUUUAUAGUGCAUCAUAUAGAUGUUAUGAUCUCAGUGUCCGGAACGAAUUUAUUGCAAACUUUUCGAGAGGGUCUUCUGAUAACUGAUGCUCAGAAAAUGGCGAACGAAUCGUCCGGCAAGAGUGGUGAGCAAAUCUCCGCUUUGGAUGAGGACGACGAUGACGAGGAUACUUUAGCAGAACGAGUGCCUGAGGAUGUGUCUCAAUUACAAGCUUGCAUUACGGCCGCACAGGGAUGUCUACUAUUGCUUGUCUUGAAGCAGCAUAUCAAAGAUACCUACGGUCUUAGCGAUAGCAAAAUCCAGCAAUACUCACCGUCAGAACCCGCAAAGGUAUAUGAAAAAACAGCAAAUCGAAAAAGCAAUACACAUUUCAAUCCGAAAGCGACGGUCAAUAGGAUAAAACAGGGCAUGCCGCCGGACUUCUUGGACUUCGAUGGCCGAAAAGAACUAAUAAAGCAAUACUUAGAUUUCAAGCAAUUAAUGUUGCAAUUGGACCCGGACGACUUGGAUGACGAUGAAAACCAAAAGAACUCCUCAACGACAAAUGCCAGUCUGACGAUGAAUUCGAGCUCAACUAACGCAACUGGACCGGCGCCGUCGAGCACAUCUAUAUUAACCGAAGCUGACCAAGUAGUUCUAACAAAUUACAAGGAUAAUCCACCACCAAAAGUGCCGAAACUUGUUAUAUCCAAUCGACGAUUGGAUAGUGAUACGAAACAGAACGCUAGAAAGCGGACUACUGAAAAAAGUAAAAAACACAGACACAAGAAAAAACGAAGGAAAUUCGUGAGUUCUUCGGGUGAUGAAAGUGAGAACGACUUUAGUGACCCGGACUUCAUGGCUUAGCAUGAUUAAAACAAAUGAUAUAAAAAGAACUUCUAAAUUUAGUGUACAGUGUAGUGAAGUAGCGGCUAAAUUUUACAAUAUAAAUACAGAAACGAGAAAGAGAGAUUGAUAAAAGGAAAAUCAACAAAUCAAAAUGGAUUUAUAUGAGUCUAAAGCACUACAAAAAAAAAAAUACCACAUAACAGCAAAAUCAUAAGCAAAAAAGUUUCUUCAUGGCAUACAGAGUGUAUCAUUACAGUCAUUAUUCGCCGUUUGCAUAUUAUAAUUUCUAUAUAUUAAGAAAAAAAUAAUCAUGUUUUCCAUUUAUUUUCCUUUUUCUGUCGGAUCAUUUCAAAUUCCACUCUGUAUGUGUUAUGAUAAAUUAUUGUCAGAGUCAAACCAAAAUGUACAAAGCAUAGUAUGAGAUAAUUAAUCCUUAGUUUAUUUAACAAAAACAAACAUUUUUUAUUGUUUGUACGGAUAUCUAAAAUCCGCGUGAAAAAAAGAAAAUUAUUUAUCCUUUUUUUUUUCUUUUGGUGUAUUUACUCUUAAUAAUUUUAUAUUUAUUGAUAGUUUCUUUUCGUUCAGCAAAAUGUUUCUUAGUUCGAAAUUUUCUCGAUUUGGUUCAAUUUUUAUAUAUAUAUAGAAUAAAUAUAUAUAAACAUGAAACCUUUCAUCCAGAAUUCAGGGGCAAUUAAUUACACAAUUCCACAUCAAUUUCCACCACACUAAUUAAUGUAUAUAUAUUGUAAGAAGGAAAUUCAAUAUUUUGAGUAAAACCCGCUAACCUCGUAUGCAUUUUAUGAAAUCUCCUUAGUACGCUAACUCCGGGUGGAAAUUUAUGUGGAAGGAGUCGAACUAACCUGUGUAUUAAAGAGAGUACAUCUUACAAUUCGUCGAAUGAAAUUGUUAACAUGUACUUUCCUUAUAAAUAAAUUAAAUAUAAUAGGUUUAGCAGCUUUUGUAUUUUAGAUUAUAAAAGAAAGGAAUAUUUUUCAAGAUUUUGUAUGCUACUUAUUGUUUAAAAGAGAUAAAAGUUUUAAAAAAAAUAACAAAAAAAAAACACCAAAUACAACUUACAAAUGAGUUUUCUUAGUUCAUUGUUCAAUACAAUAUCUUUUGUAUUUUGUUUGUGAUUAGCCUGCGCGAUCGUCUUCAGGUCAUUAUUACCUGAUUAAGAAUAAAACAAAACAUAAUUAAAUAAAAUUAUACACUAUAUUAUAUAUAUAUAAUAUUGUAAUACAAAAACAACAACAUAACAUACCUUGUCCAGGCUAAUCGUCGUAACAAGAACAAAACGAGAAAGCAAUUAUUAAUAAUAAUAAAAAGUUGUUAUUUUUUUCUUCUAAUAUUUUUUUUAAUAUGUACAGAAAGAAAUUUGAAUUGAACGAAUACAAAUAUUAUUCUGUAAAUUGACCGAAAUAAAGACUGUUUGUUAUUA